GGUCGGGAUGAGGUGUUCACACCGGCGAAGCUGCUAUGGCUCAUUCAACGAGACUUCCUAGAGGGCAAGACAGUGCAGGAGAUGGUGCGAGGGGCACUGCAACCCGUGCCGAACCCAGAGGGAGACAAGGACGUGGAUCAAGUGAACCUCAUCCGCCAGUCGCUCAACCUCAUGGCCGCCAACAGCACUGCUUUCGGGCUCACUCAGCCGCACCUGGCACGGACGCGGCUGUGUGAGUUAUCAGACGAGGACCUGGAUCCUAAAUAUGUGCGCCAGCGCAACCAGCUGCGGCAGCUGGUGGCGUCGCUGGUGCAGCCCAAGAUUGUGUCGGGAAAGCCAGUCACUGGGGAGGAAUUUGCUGACCUUCUAGAGAAGACACUAAACGCGCUGAACAAGGGACACAUCCCAACAGCCGGCUCCGUUGUCGAUGCAUUCAACCGGGCAGUGCAGGACAAGUGCCUCGCGAUCUACCAUGAAGCCAUGCGCCGCCUGCUCCUGCCAGCCGAGGAGGCAGUGCUGAUGGCGGCUCAUAGGAAUGCCAGUGGGGAAGCUGUAGCGUCGUUUGAGAGGGAGAGGUUUGGAGGGAAGAGCGUGGAGGAUGCUGUCCGUCCUCUGAAGGAUGAGCUGAGAGAGGAGCUGGUGAAGCUGAAGCGGGAGAACGAGUUUGCGUCAGCCAAGGCGUGUGAGGGCGCGCACAGGGGGUGUGAGGAGGAGUUAGACGCUCUGGCCAACAUGCGCCUGCCAUCGGUGGCCAAGUUCGAUGCCCGCCUGGACGCAUGCAACCACACCGUGGAAAAUGCUUGUCGUGGGCCAAGCAAGUCGGCUUACCGAGACCGGUUGAAGAAGACAUGGACUCGAGAGCGCUCCCAGUUCCUCAAGGAGUACAAUCAGCGGCUCUUCAACUGGCUGGUCAUCGGCUCGCUCGUGCUUGUCGUGGUCGGUCGCUUCAUGGUGAAGUGGGUGGUGGUGGAGGUGCUCGCCUGGGCGCUGUUUGUGUUCCUGGAGACCUACACGCGCAUCUUCUGGUCCUUUGACUCGCUCUACCUCAACCCCGCCUGGCGCACCUUUGUCAACGUCUGGGAGGCCGUCGUCUACAACCCCUUCAUAGACCUCGACCUGUGGUCUGUGCCACUGCUGUGGGUGGGCCUAAUUCUCAUCAUUAUGUGUCGCUGCUACCGCUGCCGCAAGCGGCCUCACACCCCGCUCCUCCCCACACACCACGACACCUUGCACACGCGUAGAUCAGAGUGA